AUGAAGACUAAAGUCAUCGCGGGUUUUCCGAACGACGCAGUUGACAAAGUUGAAAUCCACAAGGGUGUCAGAAAGAUUUUCGAUCCGGAGUAUGAAGAUUCCGAGGAAGAAGAUGCUCCAAUCGGUGACAAAGAUAAUGGCUUGGUUAACAGGUACGCCCAACCUGACGGGUGGGAUUCAGAUGAGACCGGUGACGACAGCGAAUUUGACAAUAAGACUGACGAUGAUGCUGAUGAUGAUGAUGAUGAUGCAUCUGAAGAAUCCGUCAUUAUCGUUGAAAGCACUCGGCCGACCGACAAUGAAUUUGGUGGUAGCCGAUCCGGCAGAGGUCGCCACGCUGAGACUCGCACCAUCACUGAUGAAACAGUCUCCGAAUUGACAGGAAACACAGGUGAUGAAUCUGAACCGGAAUUAGCGUCUCCGCCAAGAAAGAAAGGACGCUCUCAACGGGUGUCAAUUGAUGAACAAGCUACCGCAAUGGACGUGGAUGGAACGGACCCGAGCGUAGGUUCCCGACCUAGUGGAAAACGGCUGCACCCAUCGCCAAGGUCUACUAAGCCUGCUACACAGGAGCCGGCAAAAUCGAGGCCUACAACUAACGUUCCCGGAGCCAAACGGAAAUCCCAACGAACUUUGACGCUGGAAGAGCGCCUGGAUGAUUUGCGCAAUGUCGACCUGGAUGGAAUGGAAGGCAGGGCUAUGUUGGUCGAGUUGGGCAUGGUCUACAAUUACCCAGGUCAGCAGGAGGGUAACCAAUCACAUGCAUCCAUUAUCCUGAAACAUAUUUUGGACACCUUGUCCGACACGCUCAGGAACACAGAAGAGACUCUCCGUAUCCUACCACUUUCCGACAGGACGUAUAAGAACAUGCAGAUGUGGAUUCGCAAUGAAGCCGACCUUCGGCGGCUGAUUCCUGAUUACCGCGGGUUGUCACGAUAUCUCGAUAUGUCUUUUGGCAACAUGUCGUACGCGUCUACGUCGAACAAGCCGGGAGAAAAGAAGCUACGCACACGGCUGAGAGUAGGUUUCGAGGCUGACGUGUCGUCGGAGAUGAUCCAGCAAUAUCUGCAUGGAGAAUUGCAACAUCAGGGACGUGGCGCCGGAUGCUACUCAUCUGUUCUCCAGUUUGGCGACAUUGAAAAGAUUGGAGCCUUAUGUUUUUACCCUCAGGAGAUCAACAUUAAGGCCAUCGAGAAGAAAUGA